UCCACUCGGAGAGGAAAGGGCACUAACUCUGAAAGUUUGCGGCAGCCCUUCAGAAGAUUCCAUUACCAGGAGGUGGCUGGGCCCCGGGAAGCUUUCAGCCAACUAUGGGAACUUUGCUGUCGGUGGCUAAGGCCGGAGGUGCGGACCAAGGAGCAGACUGUAGAAUUGUUAGUGCUAGAGCAAUUCCUGACUGUGCUACCUGGGGAAAUCCAGAACUGGGUACAGAAGCAAUGUCCAGAAAAUGGAGAGGAGGCGGUGACACCGGUGGAAGAUUUAGAAAGAGAGCCUGGAAGACUUGGACAUUCGGAUUCCCAUUUCCUAAACCCAAUGUGGUAUCCAGGUUGAAUCAAGGAGAGCCAUGGAUCUCAGAUCUGCUUAGCUCCAAGGACAAGGAUGUCUCGAAAGGCAACAGCACAGGAGCCAGUCCAUUACCAUCCAAGAGAGAGAGAAUCAGCGGGGUGGAACAGGAUCACUGGGUCUUUAAUGACCAGAAGGUGGUGGGUGUGCACUGGAGCUACAAAGAGACUAGAACACUCCUCGAAAUUCUCAGUCAGACUGAAUUUGAUGGCUGCCACAGAAACAGCCAAGUGUAUGGGGCUGUAGCUGAGAGGCUUCGUGAGUAUGGUUUCCUCCAUAUGUCCCUGGAACAGUGUCGGACCAAGUUUAAAGGCCUUCAGAAGAGCUACAGGAAGGUCAAGAGUGGUCAUCCACCAGAUACCUGCCCCUUCUUUGAAGAGAUGGAAGCCCUGAUGAGUGCCCAGGUCAUUUCAUUGCUCAUUAAUGGCCUAGAAGAGGCCACCUCCCAUCCUGGCCAGGCAGGCAGUGACGCUGACACUGAGGAGCCAGGGCAGAGGAACUGGCAGCAUGAAGACGGAGAAGAGGCUAUAGCUGAAAGGUCGGACAGUGAUGCUGAGCAACCCCUCAGCCCUGACAGCCCACCUGCAUCUGUCCUGUUCCGAAGCCCAAGUGGUAAGAAGCUUUUCUUGGGUUUUGGGAUUAGGUUUGAGGAGCAAUGAAACUGGAUGUGGAACCAGCCAUUGUCACUUGCCAGCUUGGCCAUUUUAAUAGGAAGCAAGGUGUUUCUCAACUCUGUAUUGUUUUCUCUUCUGUGAGCAAAUCAUGAGAUAAUAGGAAGAGGAUAGAUUCCUUUUUCUCUCUUUUUUAGUGCUUGGAAUCAAACCUGGAGCCUUACACAAUGUUAGGCCAACACUACAUCAUCGAGCUACAUCUCAAAUUUCAAUUUUAAUUUUUCAAAGAAAUAUAUCCAAAUAAAGUGUGUUC